UUUCUCCAACAAAAUAUAAGCUGUACCUUAGGCAAGGCGGUCUUAAUUGUAAGGCGUCCUUAAAAUUAAAUUACGUUGCACCAAAAUUUUAAGUUCGCAUCUUAGCUAAGCAUCAGAAUUUGUCUGAAACGAUCUGGCAACACAGAAUUUUAUCAAAUGAAUGCCAAUUUUACUAAUGAAUCGCGUUACCGAAGGUAGGUACCUAAUAAUUGCAAACUGUCAAACUUGAUAGUUACUCCACAGAAUAAGGCCUUAUUCUGUGAGUUACUCGUCAUUGCCCCACCGAACCGUGCACCGAACUUGUUAGACAUCGGCCAACAUGCAUUCUAAUAAAAAAAGAGUGAAUUACACUCAAGAAGAAAAAAAACUAUUAAUUCAUUUGGUUGAUUCAAAUAAAAAUAUCAUCGAAAAUAAAGAUACAAACGCCGUUUCAAACCAUCAAAAAGAUGACGUUUGGAAAAUUAUUGAGCAAAAUUUUAAUAAAAAGUGUUUCAACGUCUUUCGUGACGCCAAUUCUUUACGGAAGCAGUGGAGCAAUAUGAAGCAGGACUCAAGAAAAAAGGCGGCACUAGAAAGGCAGGAGCUUUACAAAACUGGUGGAGGAGUUGCUCCUGCACUUUCUUCGAAAAAUUGUGAAGCAAAUGAACAAUUGGUUUUGGAUAUAAUAAAUAAGAAGACAGUCCUUGGUCUAAGAAAUGAAUUUGAUUCUGAUGUAAUGAAAGAACCUAUAUUAGAUCAUCCAGCAGAGGAUAUUCUUGGAAUGCCGAUUUUGAUAUCUUCCAAGCCCAAUCAAGAAGAAAUUAACAUAGAAAUACCGUGUACAUCCAGUACACCUUCGAUUACACCUUUAGAACAAACACAUGAUGAAACUGAACUGUGCAAUCAAAACGUUCUGCUUACUUACGAAGAGCCCACGCCCACACUUUUACGAGGCACUCGUUGGUCUGCUCGAAGGAGACCUAAAAUUAACGCAGACCUGGGACCUACAGAAAGAGCUAAAAUUGAAGUACUACAAAUUCAAAAAGAAAUUCUUUUGCAAGAAAAGGAGCACAAGAAAAUGUUACAUGCCAUGGAAGUUGAGCACAAGAAAAAAAUUUACUUAAUGGAAGAGGAAAUUGGGAAGUGCUCUUGUUCCAAGUAAAUGUUGCCAUAAAAUAAAUCUAGUAUUUUUUCGAAGAAUGAAUUCAUUUAAAUAAGUAUAAGUACGUAUUUUCAAUUUUAAUAAAAAAUGUUUA